UUCGCCUAAAAUGGCGGUUCUGGAGGAGGAUUUUACGCUGGGUGGUCUCGUGCCGGGCGCCGGCCUCGAUGGCCUGCUGGGUGUCGAGCAUGGACACAAGGCCGACCUGUUCCUGGUCACUGACCGCGGCAGGACCGUCAUCCUCUACAAGGUUUCAGAUCAGAAACCAUUGGGUUGCUGGUCAGUGAAGCAAGGUCAGACUAUAACAUGUCCAGCCGUGUCCAACUUUCAAACUGGCGAGUAUGUUGUUGUCCAUGAUGAUAAGGUUUUGAGAAUAUGGAAAAAUGAAGAUGUGAAUUUAGAUAAAGUGUUCAAAGCAACACUGUCUGCUGAUGUAUACAAGAUACAUUCAAUACAAAAUACUGAACCACUUGUGUUGUUCAGAAAAGGUGCUGUUCGAAGGCUAGAUGCUUUGCUUGCAGAACCCCAACAAAAGAUUGAAGCUGUAAUUUCAGAUGAAGAAGUUAUUAAAUGGACAAAACUUUUCUUGGAUUCUAAUCAGCCUGUUUUAAUAUUUGUUACAGAGAAGCAUGGAAAUUACUUUGUAUAUGUGCAGAUGUUUAACCCACAUAAUUUAUGCAAAUAUACCCUUUUACGUGGAGAAGAAGAACCAGUUACACUGAGUUUUGCUGCAUCUGUGAAUGAAAGAUUAGUCACUUUGCUAUGUUUGAGCUGUAAUGGGUCUAUAUAUGAAACCCUGAUACCAUUAAAUCAGAGUAAACCUGAGGAGAAGCAAGUACUGGUCACAUCCCUCUUACUAAAAACUUAUGUAUCUGGCAAUGUUCUAAAGGGAGUUUCACUUGCUAUCCUUGAUAAGGAUCAUGUUGCAGUCAUGGGAACUUCACUCAAGGCUCCUAAAGAAAGCAUCUCUAUUUGGAAUAUAAAAUUCCAAACAUUACAGACCUCAAAGGAAUUAUCACAGGAGACCAGUGGUCAACUCUGGUGUUAUGGAGGGAAAUUGUUUAUGCUACAUGGAAAGUUUUUGACUGUGAUUCCAUUUAAAUGUGAAAUAUCAUCAUUAGCAGCUGCUCUGGGAAAACUCAAGCAUAUUCAGGCUCCAGGUACCCAAACUGUGUCCCACUUUGUAAACUGGGGAACAUUUCAAGGAGAUGGACUUGAAUCACAAGAUUCAAAUAAUUUAGCACCCCUUAAAGGACAGUCAAAGAGCAGUUUAAGGACAAGAAGAAAUGAGACCAGGUCUCAGCUGGAGGAUUUAACAAACAGAGAGUUUUUAUCAGGUAUAAAGGAUGCUUCUGAAAAACACCUUGAACAGCAGCUGAGUAAGUUUUUGACUGAUAAACGGACACCUGAAUUUCAAAUUACUGUUGGGCACAUAGUAACAGAACUGGUGGAAAGGUGUAAGGCAGAACCAGCAUUUUAUCCUCAGAGUAGUCUGGUACAACUCAUCCAAACUCAAGUACUUUCUUACAGUUUGUGUCCUGACUUGAUGGCAGUUGCCUUGGAAAAGAGAGAUGUACAUUUGUUACAGCUCUGUCUACAGCAGUUCCCUGACAUUCCUGAAUCAAUUACCUGUGCUUGCUUGAAGGUUUUCCUAAGCAUUGGCGAUGACAGCCUUGAGGAGACAAAUGUGAACGUGGAGUCAGUUAUUGGUUACAUUAACUUUGCCCAAGAUGAGAAAAUGGGAAAAACAGAAGUUGUUCAAAAUGGUUUCAGUCCAGUACUUUUAGAAGAGAAUAACUUUGAAGACAAGUUAAAUAAACCGGAUGACACAAUGAAUACUACUCUAACAUGUCCUGUAACUCCCCAAAAAGCAGCUUUACUAAAUGCAAUUCUCCAUUCAGCAUAUAGUGAAACAUUUCUUUUGCCCAAUUUGAAAGACCUCACUGUGCAACACGUCAUUCUCUUUCUCCAGUAUUUGCAUUUCCUUUAUGAGAAAUGUAGUGAAAAUGCUAGUAUGACUCUUCCUGGACCCUGUCCUCCAACCCUGAACCAGAUUAUGGAUUGGAUCUGUCUCCUGCUAGAUGCUCAUUUUACGGUUGUUGUGAUGAUUCCAGAAGCAAAAGGAAUAUUGGCAAGUCUUUAUAAGUUUGUGAAAGCCCAGGUAUGGGUUUAUUCAGAACUCAACAAAAUUGAAGGAAGUUUACAGCAGCUACAAAAACUGCACCAGCAAAGAAAUAUGGGAUUGUAUUCCAUUGAAGUGCUUGAACUCAUCUGAGAUUAGCAUCCAUUAUGCAGAGACUUUUUAUGAAGACUUUUUCUUGAAUGGACACUCUAUUCCUACUUAUCCAGUUAAGCAGAAGAAUUUGAUUUGUGACUUUGUUUUGAUGUCAAGACAAGUUUCAAAGACCAAAGGGAUCAGAGCUUCUCACUUAAUGAGAGAUCUGGGUUUCAUACUGAACUAUUCUAAUUUUAUAGAUGAUUGUUGGAAAGUGGAGAGUCAUGUUCUGGAACUAACUUAAAAGUAAAACUUAGUUGAUUUUAAGUAGACUUAUUUGUGUGUGGAUAAAAAUCUAAUUUCUUACACAAUUUUUUUGAGUGGUACUUCUUAAAAAACAAUUACCAUUGAAGUAAUAGAAGAAUUUAUUUUAUUUGAAUAAGAAAGCUACCCCACCUCAUCAGUUCUCAUGACCAAACAUUUGGAAUCAAAAUUGAAUGAAAGGAUUUAACUAUUUGCUAGUCAUCUUCUAACUCUUAUCUUUUUAAAUACUUGUUGAUUAUUUGAAAAGUAUGUAGACAAAUUCCAACAAGACAUGAAAAAUAUUUUACCUCUGCUCCUCCUUACAUGGUACAGAGAUGGCAAAUGUAUCCCAAUAAAUACGCAACACCUUUAAUUUAAA